CAGUUCUAUAAUCAGUAUCUUAAGUCAGUAGUAGAAUAAACAUGUACAAAACACAACUGUUUGUUUUAGUUUUGACUUUUUGUAGUACAUUUGCUGCUGCAAGAGUUUUGAAAGUACACAUACAUGAUCAGGAUGACAAAGUGGUUCAGUUUACUAUGAACAGAGUAGAAAGUUUUACAUGGAAGAAUUGUGGAGGAAACGGUUUUGGAGUUAGUGAUCUUUCAUUAACCCCCGACCCCCUUCAGUUUCCUGGUACUAUACAUCUUGCCAUGAAAGCAUAUUUUAACACUACUAUACAAUCUCCAUUGCCGACUACUCUUUUAAUAGAAAAGGAAAUUGAAGGGAAAUAUAUAAAGAUUCCAUGUAUUGAUAACUUUGGUUCGUGUACUUAUGAUGACCUCUGUGAUCUGUUAGAUGAAGCCAAUUGUCCGGACCCACUUGUCAAAGCUGGCAUCCCUUGUCAAUGUCCAUUCAAACCGGCUCAGUACAGCCUUCCAACAUCAGAUUUUGACAUAGAGACAUCAUUUUUCCCGUCCGGUGGUUACCAUAUGAAAGGCAGUAUUGGCAUGGAUGGUAAAACAGCAGGAUGUUUGGAAAUCUUUUUCAGUGUCGCAUAAAAUGACUUAUGAAAUAUAUUUAAGGAGAGUGGUGGUUAUCAAUGCAUGCAGUAAUUUCAUGGAUGAUCCAAGAAC